GCGUUAAUCUCCAGGGAAAUGGGCACGUUUGGAAUAAGCGGUACCAGUCAGCAAGCUCACUCUAAUAUUCCAAUGGCUGUGGGAGAAGUGUUUCCAGAGAGAGAGAGGGAGGGAGAGAGAGAAAGAGAGGGAGAGAGGGGGAAUAUGAGGGCAGUACUCAGGAUGAGCCUGCGCUUUGAGGCUGUAAAACACUAGACCCUGAGGGCAUUCUCUGAGACUGACCUUCAUUUGCAGCUCUCCCUCUUCAGGAAACCUGACAGCAAGAGAAAAGAAAAGUGAGGUGGUAUCUGCAUUCCAGCUGAGAUGCCGCGACACUGACGGCCCUGCCCUGCCCCGUCUGUCGAACCGGACCAAUGAUGACAAUGAACACAAUGAUGUCCUUACGGCGCGUGUAGCGCUAAAUUCACUACUACCGGACUCUUAAGAGACACUCCACUUUGAUCCGCGCUCAUUCAAACUUCAGAUGGACUACAUUCAUCCUGCACUGACCAGUAAAAUGAAUUGGAUCACACUACUGUUGGCCGGCUUGACUUUUUGGGGCAAAGUGUCCGAACACAACUGUUUAGAUUAUGAUGACAGUUAUGAUUAUUAUGAAGACGAGAAAACAGAGACGAUAGACUACAAGGAUCCCUGCAAAGCCGCUGUAUUUUGGGGAGAUAUUGCCUUGGAUGAAGAGGACUUGAAAAUGUUUCAGAUCGAUGGGACGAUAGAGCUUUCGCAGCGGUCACAUGGGAGACAGGGACACACAUCUGGUGGUCUAGGAGAGCAUAAUCCCAGUAAGAAGAAAGGUUCAUUAUAUCUGUUGCUUGACAGAAUACGACGGUUAGGUUUUGAGUCGUGGCCAGUGAACAGCAGUAAAGAUGUGUCGAGCUCCAAGGCAGGAGGGAGGAGUGUAAACGGCGGCAGAGGUGUGAAGUCUCGAGUGCCACGUGCUGCCACAUCCCGAGCUGAGAAGAUCUGGCCCGGAGGAGUCAUCCCUUACGUCAUAGGAGGCAACUUCACUGGAAGUCAGAGGGCCAUGUUAAAACAAGCAAUGAGACACUGGGAGAAACAAACGUGUGUCACUUUCAUUGAGAAAACUGACGAGGAGAGCUACAUCGUCUUCACCUACAGACCCUGCGGGUGUUGCUCUUAUGUCGGUCGCCGUGGCAAUGGUCCCCAGGCAAUUUCCAUUGGGAAGAACUGCGACAAGUUUGGCAUUGUCGUUCACGAACUUGGCCACGUAAUUGGUUUUUGGCACGAGCACACACGACCUGACCGUGAUGAUCAUGUGACCAUCAUCCGUGACAACAUCCAGCCAGGUCAGGAGUAUAACUUCAUUAAGAUGGAACCAGGGGAUGUCAACUCUCUUGGUGAGCCAUAUGAUUUUGACAGCAUCAUGCAUUAUGCCAGAAACACUUUCUCCAGAGGAAUGUUUUUGGACACAAUUCUUCCCUCUCGCGAUGAGAACGGCGUCAGGCCUGCUAUCGGUCAAAGAACUAGACUCAGCAAAGGAGAUAUAUCGCAAGCUAAGAAGUUGUACAGAUGCCCAGCGUGUGGUGAAACUCUACAGGACUCAGUGGGGAAUUUAUCAUCUCCAGGAUAUCCUAAUGGGUACCCGUCAUAUACACACUGUGUAUGGAGGAUCUCCGUCACACCUGGGGAAAAGAUAGUGUUAAACUUCACCACUAUGGACCUCUACAAGAGCAGCCUGUGCUGGUACGACUACAUAGAGGUUCGUGAUGGAUACUGGAGGAAAGCGCCAUUGCUGGGCCGUUUCUGUGGUGAUAAAAUUCCAGAAGUUUUGGUCUCCACAGACAGUCGGAUGUGGAUUGAGUUCCGCAGUAGCAGCAAUUGGGUUGGAAAGGGAUUUGCAGCAGUCUACGAAGCAAUAUGCGGAGGGGAGAUCAGUAAGGACUCUGGACAGAUUCAGUCUCCAAACUAUCCAGAUGACUACCGUCCAUCUAAGGAAUGUGUGUGGAGGAUCACAGUGUCCGAGGGCUACAGCGUGGGCUUGAGCUUUCAAGUCUUUGAGAUCGAGCGACAUGACAGCUGUGCAUAUGACUAUCUUGAGGUUAGAGACGGUUUGUCUGAGAACAGCCCUCUGAUUGGUCGAUUCUGCGGCUACGAUAAACCUGAAGAUAUCCGUUCCACCUCCAACACCCUCUGGAUGAAAUUUGUCUCUGAUGGGACUGUAAAUAAAGCAGGCUUUGCUGCAAACUUCUUCAAAGAGGAAGACGAGUGUCUGAAGACAGAUAAUGGUGGCUGUGAACAGAGAUGUGUUAACACAUUAGGAAGCUUCAAAUGUGCCUGUGAUCCUGGAUACGAACUGGCCCCUGACAAGAAGAGCUGUGAAGCUGCAUGUGGUGGCUUGCUGACUAAGUUGAACGGCACAAUCACCACCCCAGGUUGGCCUAAGGAAUAUCCUCCCAAUAAGAACUGUGUGUGGCAAGUGGUUGCCCCCACUCAGUACCGCAUAUCCAUGCAGUUUGAAGCCUUUGAACUUGAGGGAAAUGAGGUGUGUAAGUAUGACUAUGUUGAGGUGCGGAGCGGCUUGUCAUCUGACUCGAAGCUUCAUGGGAAAUACUGCGGAACAGAGGUUCCAGAGGUCAUCACCUCCCAGUACAACAACAUGCGAAUCGAGUUCAAAUCAGACAACACAGUGUCCAAGAAAGGCUUCAAAGCUCAUUUCUUCUCCGAUAAAGAUGAAUGUUCAAAGGAUAACGGUGGAUGCCAGCAUGAGUGUAUCAACACUAUUGGCAGCUAUGUGUGCCAGUGCCGCAACGGCUUUAUUCUGCAUGAGAACAAACACGACUGCAAGGAAGCUGAGUGUGAGCAUAAGAUCCACAGCACGAGUGGAACCAUCAGCAGUCCCAACUGGCCUGACAAGUACCCCAGCAGAAAAGAGUGCACGUGGGACAUCACCUCCACACCUGGCCACCGGGUCAAAAUUUCUUUUAAUGAGUUUGAGAUAGAGCAGCACCAGGAAUGUGCGUAUGAUCACCUGGAGGCCUUUGACGGUGACUCGGACAAGACGCCCAUCCUGAGCCGUCUGUGCGGCAGCAAGAUUCCAGAACCGCUCAUCUCCACGGGCAACAAGAUGUACCUGCGAUUCACCUCUGACGCCUCAGUGCAGCGGAAAGGCUUUCAGGCCACUCACUCCACUGAGUGUGGUGGGAGGUUGAAAGCAGAGGUGCGUCAGAAGAACCUGUAUUCUCAUGCUCAGUUUGGGGAUAAUAACUACCCCGGCCACACCGACUGCGAGUGGCUCAUAACGGCAGAGUCGGGUUAUGGCAUCGAGCUUACUUUCACCACCUUUGAGGUAGAGGAGGAGGCCGACUGCGGGUAUGACUACAUCGAACUUUACGAUGGCUACGACACCGGUGCGCAAAAACUCGGACGCUUUUGUGGAUCUGGGCCUCGUGAGGAGCUUUACUCUGCUGGCGAUGCCAUGAUGAUCCAUUUCCACUCUGAUGACACGAUCAGUAAGAAAGGCUUCCACAUCCACUACACCAGUACAAAGUUCCAGGAGGCGCUACACACACGCAAGUAACGUCUCCCCCGAGAGACUCCAGAGAGACUGAGCACAGGGAUGAAAUGCUACAACAAGGAGAAAUGGACUCCAAAAAAUGAGUGAGAUUGAUUUAUGUCAAUCAAAGACCCUGCCAAGAUGGGUUUCCCGCAUUGGAUUUGCCUCUUUAUGUUCAGCCACUGUGGAAGUGCUGUCAUAUUGACCUUUGACACUGAUCAGCUGCUCUUAUGUGUGGGAUAGCUCUGCCCACUGGAGUGCUGUCCUGCACUCUUUGACUGGACCCCUGGACAAACACUCAUACACAAAAACGUUUUGUUGGCUCUCUGUUAGUCAGUGAUAGUCAUGUAAAAUAACAAAGGAAGAGACAAUGACAAUAAUACAUUUAAGUAACUGGGUGUGUGUGUGUGCAUGUCGCUCUGGACAGCAUGGACAGUUUGGCUGCUAAUGCCACACCACACUGUACCUCAGCUAAAAUGUGUGUGUGUGUGUGUGCGUGCGCGUUUGUGUGUGUGGAUGUAUGUGUUUGAGAGAGAGUGAGGCCUUCAAAUACCAGCCUGAACUCAUUCAAAUGUUUUUACAAUUAUGUGGUUGUAAUUUUAUUAUUAUUGUGUUAGCUUUAUGGCAAAGCCCAUUUUCUUUCCAUCAAAAGUGCAAAAGUAAAUAUGUAGCCCUAUUCAACAAUAAGCUUACUUAAAUACAGUAUAUGUAGCCCAUUGCUAUAUGUCUUCAACGCAAGCGUUUAUGACAACAAAGACGUUUUAAGACAGUGGGUCUCAUUCACUAAGCUUGCGCACACAUGAGUUUGUGUAUGAAAUCUGCGAGCAAAUAUUUUAACAAACAAAACCAGUAACUUUAUUAUACUACAAUUUCUUCAAAAUUUAUGGCGGGAGAAAUUAGGAACAUCUUAAACCACACAUACACAAAAAAUCACAUGCUCUGGAUGGCCUUAUACUGUAAUUGUGUUAAGGUUCAAUUUUAUUCAUAGACAUCUCAUCUAUUUCAUCAUACAUUGAAACACUGCAUUAUAGUUUGGGCUGCAAGGUGUCCCUGUAUAACAACACAGAUAUGCAUGUCUUAAAAGUGUUUAUUGAGUUUGAACUGGUUUUGAUUGAAACGCUUUUAUAUGGAGUUUUGGUGUCUUAUGCAAAUGACUAACCUUGGGCUGCCACUCAUUUAGAAUAUUCCAAAUUCAUUAACAUUACAAUGAGGUUGUGUGGACGCAUGAGUGUGCACUUAGUGAAUUAGGCAUUCAUUUUUCAUGAGAAGUUCUCUUGUGCGUAAAAAUUCAAAAUAAUCCACACGAUUUCUUAGUGAAUGAGACCCAGUUGUGUUUCAUUCGUGAUCAGGCCCACAAGGAAUCUGACAUUUACAAAGAACCCCCAAACCUUGUGUGUUCAUUUAUUAAAUACCAUUUCUAUUCUGAAGAAUUUUAUCGAUUUUCUUUUUCUUAAAAUGUUAAAAAAUAUAUAUAUCGCAGAUUUCAUUUGGGCCUUCUCAUGAAUUGCAGAAACCAUGUGAAGCUGUUUGAAUUGUUUUGUGUGUGUGUGUGAGAGAGAAAACUGAUAGGAUAUAUAAUUCUGUUAUUUGCCUGUUGAAGAAACCAGUGGUUUUCUCACUCUUCCAGUAACGCCUCCUGAAGAAUUGAACAGUGAAUAAUGUGAACAGGAAACAAUGUUAUAAAGCCUUGCAUUAUAUGUCUGUUACAGCUGUGACAACUGACUACAACCACCUUCACCCUGUGCGCUUUAUAUGCACUUAACACAAGAGACUGUAUGGAACUGUGUGGAAAUGAACCCAUGAGCAGUACCAAUGAAGCUGAAAAACUCACAUAAUCUACAAUGAAAACUAGACUCAUCAUCGCAAGGGAACGUUCUAAGUUGCUAUACCCCCAAUGAUGAGUUUUCCCUGCUUGGAAAAAAAAA